AUGGACCGACGAGCGCAGCCUCCGCCGACGCCGAUCACGGUCCCGAUCCGGUUCGGAAGCACGAAGACAACGCUGGGUCCGUCUGCCGCCAUCCAGCUGCAUGAAUCCACGUCGUCUGCCGGCAUCAGCAACAGUAGCGCGCUGCGCGUGUGCGGCGUGUGCACCGAAGCCGCGUCCAAGUACACGUGUCCCCGCUGCAAUGUCGUCUACUGCGGCGUCGCCUGCUACAAAACCCAUGGCGAGACAUGCACCGAGCAUUUUUACAAGGCGCAUGUCGAGAGCGAGAUGCAGCUCAACAAGACCGUCGACACGACGUCUGCCCAUGCGAUGCAGGAGGCCCUUCGCCGCGUGUACGACGAGUUUGCGGACGAGAACCCGAGCCUCGACGACCGCCUCGAGCAGCUCGUGGAGCUCAUGGAGUCGGAUGCACUGACUCUCGACGCCCUCACGCCGGACGAGCGCGCGCAAUUCCUCCGCGAAGUGGCCGACGGGCGGCUCGGGAAGCUCAUUGCGCUCUGGACACCAUGGUGGACAUCGUCGCCGGCAGCGUACGCAGCGGCGACGAAAUCCGCCCGACACCAGCUGAUUGUGGCCAUCGAUGACGAAGAUGACGAAGAUGACGAGGACGACGGUCUGCCCCAGCACCCCAAGCAGCUGCUCACGACGGCGCGAGCCAAGGCGCUCGAGCCCAUCAGCGCGUUGCAUGCAGCGCCCAAUGGCCCCGUGCUCCGCUGCAAUUUGUUCGAGCUCCUCUUCGCAUACGCGUACACGCUGCGCGAUUACAACGGCGACUGGACGACCGACGUGCUCGAAGCGAGCGCAACCCUCAUCGCGCUCUCGCCCGUGCUGCACAGCCAGCGCGUCUACUUGACGAUCGAGGAUGUCCGCGCUGCCUGCGCCACUGCGUCGCUGCCCGAUAUGAACGCUGCGGCCGCCGCGGCAGCGCUCGAGGACGCGGCGACGCUGAGCAGCGCGUCAUUGUUCGUUUGCGAUGCGCUCUGCGACCUCGAGGCGCUGCUGCUGCGUGCUGUCGACAUGGCCGACAAGCGCGCCCGGAAGCGUCUCCGCGCCAUGGCCAAGACGGUCCAUUUUUACCUCGUGUGGAGCAACUCAAACCGUGAUGGCGCUGCAGAGGAUAUACUAUAA